UUUAGCCUUUGGAUCUAGGGUCAUAUUUCAAUGAUCCAAACCGUUUAUAUGAUGGACCUCACCUUGGAUGGGGAUACAUACAAAAUAAAAGCUUUAGAUUUCAAUAUUUCAACCCCUUUUGAUGAAAUUACUCUUUUUGGAUAUGAACCGUCCACGGUUGUUACCCUUUACUGAUAUUUGUAUUUCAGUUCAUCCUGGUGGGAAUAACCAUAUGAACGGUUUGGAUGGCACAUGAACAUAACGGUGGACCCCAGGAAGAUUUCAACAGAAGGCCUUUCCAUCCGCGCUGAUUCGUGUGGUGUGGCCCACUUGAGUUUUGGAUCUGUCUCAUUUUUUGGAUCAUAUCCUAGCAUGAGCUGGCGAAGCUGAUGGACGGUAUGGAUGCAACAUGGACAUAGCAGGAGGCCCCACAUAGCUUCCACCUACGGAAAAUCGUGGCCGCCCGUAAAUGCUCGUCUGCUAGAACGAACGGUUUAAAAAUAAACUGGUCAGUUCUCUCGUGAUCUUCACACCAAGUGAGUCGACUCGGAGCUGGCCGUUCUCCAACUGGAAUAUAACGGCUCGAUUUUUCGAAUACUGCGAAAAACACCAGCCCUUCGGAGUUCCAACCGAGUCAUGUUGGAAUCGGGUCAGCAUCCAUGAAUCGUCCAACCAAUCCUCUCAGAAAUCUCCACAAACUCACCUCAGCCUCCCUUUCUUCUUCGACUCCCUUCCUUCUCCGCAGCUUCUUGACAGGAAAACAAGCAAAAACCCAGUUGGAUUUGAAUCCGGAUCAUCCCAUCGCCACCAUCCAUCUCUUAGAUCCUCACUCGAAAGAAUCCAAAUCGGCUGAAACCCUCCAACCAUUUGAUGCAACGCUUCAUCGAGAAUCUCGAGACAUCUCAACAGCUUCUCUGCCGAAAAAUGAGCACAACCCAAUUCCAUCACUGGGUUUAACUCCAGACCCUCAUAUGUACACCCACCUGUUGAGAUCUUUCCUAACAGAAGGCAAUUCAGCUCAAUCCCGCCGCCUGUUUGAAGAAACACCUCAGCGACGAGCACAUGUGUUGAGAAAUAGUAAGAUUCUCCAUGCACGGAUCCUGAAAUUCGGUUUCGAAUUGGGCGGAAAUCUUGGAAACACGCUUGUUGAUUUGUAUGCUAAAUGUGGUGAUCUGUGCCUUGCAUUGAAAGCCUUCGAUCAGCUCAUAGAACAAGAUGGGUCGGCUUGGAACUCAAUCCUGUCUGCAUAUUCAAGGCUUGGAUUACUUGAGGAGGCUGUUUGCAUUUUUGGGUCGAUGCGGAAUGUUAAUGCGCAGAUGAAUCAGUUUACGUUUGCGAUUGUUCUGUCUGCAUGUGCGAGAUUGGCAGCUCUCGGUUUUGGUAGGCUGGUACAUGUUAAUAUUAUUAAGAUGGGAUUUGAGUCGAAUUCAUUCUGUGAAGGCUCGCUGAUUGAUAUGUAUGCCAAAUGCGACUGUGUGAUUGAUGCUCGCCGAGUAUUUGAUAGAGUUAGCAAUCCCGAUAUGGUUUCCUGGACUGUGAUGAUUGCUGGCUACGUUAGGAUCGGUUUAUCAGAGGAAGCGCUCGAACUGUUUUGGAAAAUGAGGAAGUCAGGGAGUAAACAAGACCAGGUUGUGCUUGUGACUGCUAUAACUGCGUGUGUUAGUCUAGGCAGGCUCAAAGAAGCACAUGAUCUCUUUGCACAAAUGCCUAAUCCGAAUGUCGUUGCAUGGAAUGUGAUGAUUUCUGGCCAUGCCCAACAUGGCUAUGAGGUUGAAGCUCUUAGUUUCUUCUACAAAAUGCGAGCAAACAACUUCAAAUCUACUCGGUCCACACUAGGAAGCGUGCUGAGUGCCAUUGCCAAUAUAACAGCUAUAGAUUUAGGCCAGCAAGUUCAUUCCGAGGCAAUCAAGCUGGGGUUAGAUCUGAAUUUUUUUGUGGGAAGUUCAUUAAUCAACAUGUAUGCAAAGUGUUGUAUCAUAGAUUAUGCGAGAAAGAUAUUUGAUUUGUUGGAUGAUAAAAAUGUUGUUCUGUGGAAUGCAAUGCUUGGAGGUUACGUACAGAAUGGCCAUGCAGACGAAGUCAUGACAUUGUUCUCUGAUAUGAAGGAUAAAGGCAUUCCGUCUGACGAAUUCACUUACGUCAGCAUUCUUACUGCGUGCGCUUCCUUGGGAAGUCUAGAUAUGGGCCACCAACUACAUUCGGCUAUAAUAAAGAGGAACUUAGAAGAGAGCUUGUUUGUAGGCAAUGCAGUUGUUGACAUGUAUGCCAAAUCUGGAGAUCUAAAAGAUGCAAGGCAGCAAUUUGAGCUCAUCCGUGAUAGAGACAAUGUUUCUUGGAAUGCAAUCUUAGUGGGGUAUGUCCAUGAUGAAGAUGAAACUGAGGCACUGAUCAUGUUUCGUAGGAUGGUCUCAGACGACAUUGCGCCUGACGAAGUUUCCUUGGCUACGAUACUCAGUGCUUGUGCUAAUGUUCAAGCCCUUGAUCAAGGGCAGCAAUUUCACUGUGUUUCCAUCAAGUAUGGUCUAGAACUGAAUGUCUACAUUGGGAGUUCUGUCAUUGACAUGUACGCAAAAUGUGGGGCCAUUGCUGCAGCAAAUAAGGCAUUUUUUCAGAUGCCUGAGAAGAGUGUUGUCUCAUGGAAUGCUUUGAUUGCAGGUUACAUUCAGAAGAACAAUGCAGAGGAAGCAUUGGAUUUGUUUCGUCGUAUGCAGGCCGAAGGGCUGAAGCCAUCCCAAUUCACCUUUGCAAGUAUUUUGACUGCAUGCAGCAGCCCAUAUAGAUUAACCAUGGGAAGGCAGGUUCACUGUUAUACUCUCAAGUCUGGCUUUUCACAUGAUGAUGCCUUUGUGGGUAUCUCGCUCCUGGCCAUGUAUGUGAAAUCCCUCAGCAACGACGAUGCAAAUAAACUGUUUUGGGAGAUGCCCGACAAUAACAGCACAGUAUCAUGGACCGCAAUCAUUUCGGGACACGCCCAAAAUAAUUUCAGUGAGGAGGCACUUCGGUUGUUUCACGAAAUGCGUAGUUAUGGUGUGAGACCUGAUCAAGCUACUUUUGUUAGUGUCCUUAAAGCUUCUGCUAGCUUAGCUGCAUUGAGGGAUGGCAAAGAAGUUCAUUCCCUCAUCAUCCAGACUGGUUUCAAUCAGGACGAACACACAGGUAUUGCUCUUAUAGAUAUGUAUUCUAAAUGUGGGGACGUGAGGAGUUCUCAGCAAGUUUUCGAUGAAAUGGACAGUAAACAAGAUGUUACGUUGUGGAACUCUAUGAUCGUCGGAUUUUCCAAAAACGGGUACAUCGAAGAUGCGCUUAGGCUCUUUGACCAGAUGCAGCAAGAGAACUUGAGGCCCGAUGAUGUCACAUUCCUCGGUGUUCUCACUGCAUGUAGUCAUGCAGGGUUAGUAACUGAAGGCUGCAGAUUCUUUGACUCCAUGAGGGAGAACUAUGGGAUUUGGCCAAGAGCGGAUCAUUUCGCUUGCAUGGUUGAUCUCCUUGGUCGUGGUGGCUAUCUAAAAGAAGCAGAGGACUUCAUAGACAGCCUACCCUUAAAACCUGACGCUAUAAUUUGGGCCACGUUGCUCUCUGCUUGCAGAAUGCACAGGGAUGACAUUCGGGGGCAGCGGGCUGCUGAGAAGCUCAUUGAAUUGGAACCACAAAAUUCUUCUCCAUAUGUGCUACUUUCUAAUAUUUAUGCUGCAUCCGGGAACUGGGAUGGGGUUAAUUUGGUGAGGAAAGCAAUGAGAGAUAGAGGAGUGCGGAAGCUGCCCGGAUGUAGCUGGAUUGUAGUGGGUAAGAAUACGAACUUAUUCGUUGCAGGGGAUAAGUUUCAUCCUAAAGCAAGUGAUAUCUACGGGCUGUUGAAGGAAUUAACUGCAUUGAUGAAAGAAGAUGGUUAUGUCGCUAGACUUGAUUUGGUUUCACAUGAUGAAGACUGAGAAUGAGGUCACCUGGUCUGCUCACUUUUUGAUGAUGCGACAUGAAUGAAUGGUUCUGAUCAAUGGACAUGGUGCACUGUAUGGUGGUGGUUGGGGCAUGCCACCAGUUAAGAGUGGUAGCUUGGGUGAUCUUCCAUUCCCCCUUUCAUGGCUACAACAAUACAUGGUACAGUUCACUACAGACUGUUGAAAGAAUGCAGUCUGUUGAAGGAAUUAACUGCAUUGAUGAAAGAAGAUGGUUAUGUUGCUAGACUCGAUUUGGUUUUGCAGGAUGAAGACUGAGAAUGAGGUCACCUGGUCUGCUCACUUUUAAUGAUGCAACAUGAAUGAAUGGUUCAGAUCAAUGGACGUGGUGCAUUGUAUGGUGGUGGUUGGGGCAUGCCACCAGUUAGAACGGUCAGUUAAGUGAUCUUCCAUUUCCCCUUUCAUGGCUACAACAAUCCAUGGCAAGUGAUGGGACUCGCCGUUUUUGAGAUAACAAUCCAUCAACAUGCAGACCAAAUGGGAUGGAUAAACCGUCAUCUACUCCAAUAUUACUAUUCCCCAUCAUGGAUGUUUGCAGAGGGACGCCUUCAAAAGCCACUGCACUGUAAUUCCAUGGAAAGUGCAGGUCCACCUCGCCAAAGUGAGGUCGGAUUUGUGCAAAGAGCAAGAUAACAAGGAAGAAAAAUACACAUGUUAAGUGACAGAAGAAUUUGCAUGAUACUGAAAUUACUAGAUGCACUGAUCAAUGGAUGGAACUCAUUGAUUGUAAUCAACCUAUGUACUAGACUAUUAGAUAGCACUUGAUUGUAAUCAAGUUGUGUAAUGGUCUAUUGCAUUGCACCAGUGGGAGCUCUGUGCUCUCAUUGCCAGUUUGAAGUCCAGAUAAAAGAGGAUUGUCUCAUAUUGGAAGCUGGUGUCAAAGAGUAUGACACUCCAAACUCAUGCUAGGGCAUUCCUUGUAAGGGGGACGCACUGGAUCGGAACCUAAGUAUAGUGAGAAAUGGGCAAGGGUUGGCUAGAGUGUCCUCUAAAAGUUACUUGCUGGAACAAUGCCUACUUGCUGUGAGAAAUAGGCAAAGGGUUUUGGACCAUUUUGGACGCACAAGUAAAGAAGCUAGUCUAAGAGAAUAGGAUUUGUCUGGUCACUUGGAAUAUAAGAACGCUGGUAGGUAAGAGUAUAGAGUUAGCAAAUCCAAUGAAAUGAAAGAGAAUUAAGAUGACUAGUAUUCAAAAAACCUAGCGGGAAUGGUGCCAAAACUUGUGAAAUUGAUGGAUAUAAAUGUGUAUAGGAAAGCACAACAAAAAUAAAAUUAAUAGACUAGGUGACUGAAUGACUAGUCGUCAAUGAAAAAGUACUAUGUAUGCAUGGCAAACACAACACCACCAAUGGAAAGUAGAUAUUCAUUUCCUCCCACAUGAAAUGACAAAUUUAUCUUUUUC